AUGGCAAAACUAAAAACAAUAAAUUUAAAAGAAUUGAGACUCAAAAACUUCUCAAACUUAGAAAAAAUAAAUAGCCUAGACUUUUCGCUAGCAGAAGCAGAUAAAUAUAGAAUGGCAAAGAAUGAAGAAGUUCUCCCUUUUGUUAGCGAAAAAUCUUAUUAUAAACAAAAUAAAAUUAUGGAAAAUGACAAACUUUACCAAACAAAGUUUUUGCCUUAUGUAAAUAUCAUUAAAGACAUUGAAGAAGAUAAAAAUCCUUUUGUUAAUAAAGAUAAGUUCGAACCUAGCAAAGACUUAAAAAAAGAGAUAGUUCCAUUAACUUUUAAGAAACAUUUCUAUCAAGUAGUACAGAAAGAUAUUUUAAAAAUGGCAGUAGAAAGCCCCAACAAAUUGCAAAGUUUAAUUGAAAAUGUUCAAAUCGAGAUUCAAAAGGAUGCUUUCCUUUUUCUUGAUAAACAAGUUAAAGAAAUGGUUUGCCAAAUUGAUAAUUAUGCUAGCAAAGCAAGAAUAAUAAAAGUUUCCAAGGAUUUUCAAAAAAAUGCCCAACAAAUUGAAUUAGAAGAAUAUAAGGAAGAAGAGAGACAUUAUAAAGACGGCAAAACUUUUCCUCUGCCACUUCGCAGGAUUUGGGGACAAUUUUACUCUGUAAUUAUUGCUCCUCUAGAAAACAAUUUUAAGUUUAUUGUCAUGGAUCGAAAAACUCUGAUUGGUUGGUAUAAAUUCCAAAAGUUAGAAAUUAAACAUGACGAAGAGCACAAAUUUACUUAUUUCUUGAGAAGCAUUUAUGGUGAAGAAAUGCAAUAUUUUGCUCAAAUUACUCAAGGACACGCUAUAUUAAUGGGUCGAAAAACUUUUGAAAGUAUUGGUAAACCUCUAUCUAAAAGACACAAUAUUAUACUUACCAAAAAUCAAGAAUGGGCAAAAAAGAUGAAAUUAAAACAUCCGCAAAAAACCAAGUCUGAAAUCACUAUCAAAAAAGUUCAAAGUCGAGUUUCGCAAGCAGAAAGAAAAGAAAUAAGAACAGAGAUUUGUUUUGCAAACUUGAAACCAGAAAAAAGCCAAAGUGGAGUAAAUAAAGAAAAAGUCGGGCAAUUUGCCGCCCAAAUAAGAAAAUUACGCCGGCAUCAAGGAGGAGAAUUAGAUUUGAGUGAAUAUGUGGGUUUAGAGAAAAUAUGUGUUUCAGAAUAUUUAAGAUCCUCACUAACUAAACUAACUUUGGGAAAUCAUCCGAAUUUAACUGAACUUAAUUGCUCCCGUAAUCAACUCCCCAGCCUUGAUGUGUUGGGUUGUCCUAAUUUAACUGAACUUUAUUGCUACAAUAAUCAACUGACCUCCAUUGAUUUAUCCAAGUGUCCUAAUUUAACUGAACUUUAUUGCCCCGGUAAUCAACUGACCUCCAUAGACUUCUUAAAACAACUACCUCAACCCGAGAAAUUAAUUAGAUUAGGACUUGCCAAUAACAAUAUUGAACCAACUAAUUUGGAGUUUUUGCGACCUUUUAUUAAUCUUACUUUUAAACUAGCCUUGGGAAAUGACAGCCCAAAAAACAACAUCCUCAAUCGUUUCUAUGGCAGUUUAGAACCAUUAAGGGACAUGACUAAAUUAAAAGGAUUGUGUAUUGAUGGCACUGAUGUUGAAGAAGGAUUGGAAUAUUUGCCGACUAGUAUUGAAAGACCAAGCAAAGCCUUAAAUUAUAUUAUCCAAAAUGAACCUAAUAAAGAAGCAAAAAUAGUUCGUUUAGAAACCCAAAUUAAAAUCUUAAAAGAGAUAGUGGAACAAGAAAGAGAAAUCCACCAAGAUAGCAUGAAAGCCAUGGAUAAUUUUUACCAGAACAAUCCACCGCAAGAAAAUACUAGAUUAAAGAAUAUCCUCAAAGUGUUUGAAAAAGAUUAUUUAAAACUUAACCGGGAAAGACAAGUUUAUCAACAGGAAAACAAGGAAUUAAAACAAAGCCUAGAAGUAGUUAACAAGAUAGCAGAGCAAGAAAACCAACCCAAAGAAACCAAAGACCAAGCAACUCAAACCGACAUUACUAACCAAGAUUUCGAACAACUAGCACAACAGCAAACUAUUCAAACAAAAGACCAACAAAUUAAAGAGUUAAAACAAAAAUUAACCCAAUUAGAAAACCAACAGCAACAAACCGAACCGAGAACUGAAAUUGGAACUAGCAAAACAAAAAGCCGCGGAGAAGUAAAAGGCAGUACCCGAAAAAUUUAUCGACAAAAAGGAACAGGUGGGGCUCGUCAUGGUCAACGUUCUCAAGUUCCAGGUAGAGGAAUAGCUCAUGGACCUACCGGCAAAGAAAAUUAUCAUUGUCAAGUCAAUAAAAAAGUAAGAAAAAAAGCUCUCCAGUCAGCACUCAGUAAAAAAAAUGAAAAAGGAGAAAUAAUGGUUAUUGACAAAAUAAGUUUUUCUGAAUACAAAACCAAAGAGGCAAAUAAACUACUCACCCAACUAAAAUUAAAUGAAAAAAAAGUCUUGAUCAUCUUUUCUAUGCAAGAAAGCAAAAAUGAAGAAGUAAAAAGAGCAUUUCGUAAUCUACCAAAAGUGGCAAUGACUAGUAGCAAAUUAGUUAAUACUUAUUCAAUGAUAACUCAUUCAAUUUUGCUUUUCACGCAAGAAAGUUUUAAUGAAACGGAGAAAAGAUUAAAAAAUAACCAUGAUUAA